UGUCGCGUCGAACCUCUCGCAGAGCGCGUCGCACGUCCGAGUACCGGCCGCCGCCCGUCAUCAGUAGUCGCCGUACCGCGCAGCCACGUAACCUCUCACCUUCUCCUUAGUUUUUAGUAGUCGGUAGUGUGAGGAGAGUGCGGGGGGGAGAGAGAGAGAGAGAGAGAAAGAGAGCGAGAGAGAAGGAGAAAGUAAUUGACCAAGGGAAGAGUAAUAUCGAAGUCAAAAAAGAGUUAGCGAGAGGUCGACAGCCUUUUUCCCUCGUAUACUCUAUUAAGUCGUCGUCGUCGUCGUCGUCAUCAUCGUCCUCGUAUUCGUCCUCCUCGUUGUUGUCAUCGUCAUCCUUGCCGCCCUGUCGUUGUCGUCGUCGUUGUCAUCGUCGUCAUCCGGCGCGAUACAAGCGCGGGUAUAUCUUGACCCUCAGCCCCGUUUCGCGUCAACCUUUUUCGCCGUCAAUAAUCGCGCUCUCGUCCUAGUGCCGCGCGAUUAUCAGUCGAACGUGUCGCCCUUCGUAAUCACAGAGGUGGCCCGGAAGGUAGAUAGAGCGCGAGGGAGAGGAAGGAAGAUCGAAGGAGCGUAGUCGGGAGCGAGAGGAAGCUCCUCGGAGGAAAAACACGUAGCUGAAACACCGGCACAACUGAAGCAAGUUCCGAGGAAAGUCUCGCGCGUGUCGUGACAUCAUUUCCUUUAUACGUCACGAGCUUUGCCGCGACGACGCUCGCCGCUGCCGUCGGCGACGAGAUUACCGUUGCGCGCAUCGACGAGGACACAGUCCGUGAUCGCAGCAGCGGUAGCAACAGCAGCAGCAGCAUCAUUAUUAUCCACAACACCAGACAGCACCACUUCUCCGGACGCGAGCAAACUCGCCGAGCGCCGUCGCUUCCACCCCGGGCACGCGAGAGCCUCGCGACGACGACGACAACGAGUAAUCGUGCGCCGCGCGCUGUUAUGGAGUCCCAGAAUCAGGAGAUCGUAGCGAGCGGCUCGCCCGCCGAGGUGCCCAACGAUCCAGGGAAAAUGUUCAUCGGCGGCCUAUCUUGGCAGACUAGUCCAGAGAGCCUCAGGGAGUAUUUCACCAAGUAUGGAGACAUCACAGAGGUUAUGGUCAUGAAAGAUCCCACCACCCGACGAUCAAGGGGCUUUGGAUUCAUCACAUUCGCAGACCCUGCGAGCGUAGACAAAGUGCUGGCGCAGGGCAAUCACGAACUGGACGGCAAGAAAAUCGACCCAAAGGUAGCAUUUCCUAGGAGAACACAUCCAAAGAUGGUGACAAGGACAAAGAAGAUAUUCGUCGGGGGAUUAUCGGCGCCGACGACGCUGGAGGAUGUCAAAAAUUACUUCGAACAAUUCGGUCCGAUCGAAGAUGCUAUGCUGAUGUUCGACAAGCAAACUAACAGGCAUAGAGGCUUUGGAUUCGUUACGUUUCAAAGCGAGGAUGUCGUCGACAAAGUCUGCGAGAUCCAUUUCCACGAAAUCAACAACAAAAUGGUCGAGUGCAAGAAGGCACAGCCAAAGGAAGUGAUGCUCCCAGCGAAUUUGGCGAAGACGCGAGCGGCCAGCAGAGGCGCAUACGAUUUUAUGUGGUCUCUGGGAGCAUUACCUGACGGUUUCCCAGCGGCAGCGUACGCGGCAUACGCGGCGGGCCGCGGCUAUUCUGGGUACCCUAGUUUCGGAUUACCCUACCCGACAGGAGUGCCGGCGAUGUACUACCACGGAACAGGAAGUGAGAAUGCAGGCCGCGCGUAUACGAAGGCGCCGAUGCAACAUGUCCAACGCAAUGCACUCCGGAAGACAUUGGAUCUAACCAAUGGACAGCUCACCCCAAACAACAACACGCCCCUACUUACACAAGCACUUUCUGUGAUGAACAACUACCAGGCGGCCGCAGCGCAGGCCGGAUUCCCGCCGGCGUCGCCGCACGCGGCCGGCGGCCACGGUGGGCCGCAGGGCCGGUCUUUCCCGGCGGCCAAUUCACCGGGCCCGAUUGACAUGUACAGCUCGAGCGCCGCCGCCGCAGCAGCAGCCGCAGCCGCGGAUUCCGCAGUCGCAAGCUACGUCCAGGCCGCAGCUAGCCCGCAGCCCCCCACGACCGCGUUCCCCGCGAUCGCCGUAUCCCGUGCCCCGCUCAACUACAGUCCCGGUCCUCUAAUACCAGCGGCGUUCACUAAUGGCUACCAUUGAGCCUUGUUAAGACCUAUUAACAGGAUGGACGAGACGGCAGAACGCAGCACGGUCGCCUGAUAAUAAGCAACAUGGAUGAUUUGAGGCAGCUAAGUAUAGUGGACAGUCUCUGGACGAAAAAAACCACGUACACACCUACUGUAUAGAUUCAAAGAUAUAAAUAAGAUCAAAAGUUGCAACGCAUUAAAAAAAAAUGGAUAAUGUCAAAUAGAAGACAAAUAUCAAGUAAGAUCCAAUCAAUGCAACUUCAAAAUCCGGAUUGUAAAUAACCGGAUGUAAUAUUACGCGAAUAUGUAAUAAUGCAUUAAGAAAGAAUUUAGAACAUUAGUCGAAUCCAGUUGGAUACAAUUAUAGAUAGAGAGAAGAAAAUUAAUUCUGUUGAUGAGCAAGAGAAAGAAACUGAUGUAAUGGAGAAGACGUCCAGAGAAGGUCAGAGGAAAAA